UGGCCUGGCUAGCGACUAGCGCGUGUAUUUAUUACAUAAUCAAUCAUAUUAUUUUCACACCUCUGCAUUUGAACACGCUAAUUAAAAAUAAUGUUCUACAUACCUUAAUUAUGUUGGAAAAAUUUGUGGUAUUGCUAAUAUAGAUGUAGUAACACAUUACAAGAGCUGUAAGCACACAGGACGCAUCAACAUGUAUCUGUCUCUUUACUACAUUAUAACUAUUAUUUAUUUAUAUCGUAUAAAACCAACUGCUGCUUAUGAUGUGAAAUACUUAAAAUCGGACAAUUAUAAAACAUUCGAGUACACGAACAUAACGUUUACUCACGCCGAGAGCCCCGUGUGGGACCCAGAUAGCAGCAUGCUGUACUGGGUCGACGUGAUCAACCAAGACGUGCACGCCUUGCACUAUUACACGAAGAAGCAUAAAGUUAAACAUAUUAAUUAUGGUGAAGUUAACAUAGUAAUUCCUAUACAAAACAGCAGUCGGCUCCUAUUAGGUGUCAGAAACGAGUUGUUCCUAAUGGACUGGAAUAAGCCAGGGGACACCGCCCUGAGGUUCCUGGCAGCUUUCGACUUGGGCUCGCCCGAUAACAUUCUCAAUGAAGGAAAGGCGGACGCCUUGGGACGAUUUUGGGGAGGUACGAAAGGUCGUCAGAAAGGCAAUGUGGUGAUGCACGAUGAAGGAGCACUAUACAGCAUCAUAGCACCGGACUUCACUCCUAGAGUCCAGUUGAAGCCGGUUUCCAUCUCCAACGGGCUCGUGUGGUCACUCAAUAACACCAUUAUGUACUACAUAGACUCGCUGUCCAGGAAGAUUGAAGCCUUCGACUUUGAUUUAGUUAAAGGACGAAUAAGUAAACGUCGCACUAUCUUGGAAAUAGACGAUUAUUGGGAUGAACAAGUUAUAGCGGACGGAAUGACCAUAGACAAAGACGGAUUUUUAUGGAUAGCUUUGAUGUUCCACGGCUGUAUAGCCCGUAUCGAUCCAGACAAGAAAGAAAUAGUGGAACGAUACAAGUUACCCGUGACCCUCACCACUUCCCUGACUUGGGGUGGUCCCAAUUUUGGCGAUCUCAUUGUAACCACAUCUCGAAGGAAUUUGGAGCCAGAUAAGCUGAAGGAUCAACCGCUGGCUGGCGCAGUCUUUGUGUUACAUCAUAUGGGGACCUCGGGGGUACCAAAUCAUAAAUUCGUUUUUGAUAAUGCUGAUGAAUAUUAAAAACUGUGGUGCAUGAAGAUUGGUUGCUAUGGGCGAUGAAGUAUUUAGAAAGUGUGAAGUUUUUUUAUUUACAAUGCAUUUUUAAAUGAAUUAAUAUAUUAUUAGGGUAUACGGCCCAAGUGUUAUU